CAGCAAGGACAUUAAUCACUGUCCUUGACCUCCAGAGCCACCUGUCAACACAUCAACACACCUCUUGUUUAAAGGCGAUGACUUCCGACACUGCAGCUGUUUGAACGAGGCCUGGAGUGGGUUUAAAAAUGACAGCACAGAAGUUAUCCCGGGUCAGAGACUGGUAAUGAAUGAAGUUGUGCACGGUGUGACCCAGCCGGUGUCUGCAGCCGCCGGACUGAGGGGAUGACAUUCGCCGCCACCACCAGGAUGGAGUGGUUCUUCCAGCGGUGCCAUAAAGAGGCCCUCUCCCACUCUGCCCUCCGCUCGGUGCUCUUCAUGUCAUUAAUGCUGCUGGUCCUGUCCGUGUCCCUUUAUCCUGGGUUGUGGUCCAUUGGCGUCCGGCUUCACUCAGCCCUCACAGGGAGCUACGUACCGGGCCACCACUCGGUGCUUCUCAUCAACAGCCCCAACGAACAGGCAGCCAAAGACAUCGGCAGGGCGAUCAUGGAGAGGCGGCUGGCAGCCAGUGUUAACAUUCUCUGCAGGACCUCCACAAUGUACUAUUGGAAAGGCGAAAUCCAGGAUGCAAGUGAAAUUCUGAUGCUGGUGAAAACAAAGACCUCCAGGAUCCAGCAGGUCACAGAUUACGUGAGGUCUGUGCAUCCCUAUGCAAACCCAGAAGUCCUUAGCUUCCCGGUGGAGGACGGCAGCUUGGCUUACAUGAAGUGGAUGGAUGAGGCCAUUCCAGAUGACUGAUGCUUCACCAGAAUCAAAUCCACUCUCAGCAGCAGCAGAAGGAGGAAAAAAACGAUUUGUGUGCAGGAUGUUGUUUGAAGGCUUUCGGAUCACUGUGGCGCAGCACUCGACUGAACCAAAGUUCAAUAUGUGACAUUUACAUUUUUUCAUCUUGCUGCUUUGAUCUUUUCGCAGUGAACUCCACAAUAGACUGUGGAGACUGUGGAGUUUUCAGCCCUUAUAGAGGUUUAUACCACAGCCUCAGAAAAUACUUCUGAUUGACUGCCAGCUCUCAAUCAUAAUUGUAUAACACGACGGGGGAAGCAGAUUCAGUCGACCACAGCAGAAACUGACACAACAUGGAUUAACUAACCUUUAAAGGUGGAUGAGAAUUUGUAUCAUAUAUUCUUUGCCUCCACCUCCUGCAUUAUUGAUUUUAUAUGGAAACACUUUUUAUACAGGUAACACAAACACAGAGGUAUUUACUGCGAGAUAUCAGCAGUAAUUACCUCCGUGUUUGUUUGAUAGUUAGCAGGGUCACGCUAAAACUACUUGACUGAUUAUCACCAAACUCGGAAGGAUGCGGUUUGGGUCAGGAAAGAACCCAUUAAAUGCUGGUGUUGAUAUGGAUCAGGAGGCAGAUCCUUUUUUUCCCCACUUUCUUUAACAUUGCGAAAUUAGAUGUUUGUUGAACAUUUAAUUGAUUUAUCAAAGAAUCUUUAUGGAUCUUGUUUUUAAAAAAAACAGGCAUGUCUGGGGGGCUGAU